AUGGAGGGCCCAGUCAGGAAGCCAGCUGUGCCACCAAAGCCGGGAGGCAAUGCGAUCGGAAUCAAGGAAGAGGGCGAGAUGUUUCUGCACUCCCUGUUGAGCAAAAACCUCGUCGUCAGCACCACCGACGGCCGCAUGUUCCGCGGCCAGUUCAAGUGCACAGACCCGGACUACAACAUUGUGCUGGCACACACCGACGAGUACCGCCAGCCGACGGCCCGGCAGAUAGCGGAGCAGGCGAGGCAGGCUGAGCUGGCCGGAAACACCGGGAAGGUGGCGGUGAACAUGGUCUCCCGGUAUCUUGGACUGGUCGUCGUGCCAGGGAAUCACGUUGUCAAGGUCGAGGUCGAGCAGUUUCUCAGCCAGAUGCGUAGGUAG